UCGUUAUCAAUCUACAAACAUGUGUACGUUUUCAAAAGUCAAACAUCAAAUACGUAAGAGACCAUUGGAUAAUUAUUGACGUGUUCAACUCACAUCGUUUUAGACCUGAUACAAAAUAAGAAAUGCCAAAAAAGGUAAUAACACGGCGUCAGCGCAAAGCUGCAGAGUCCAAGCGGAAAGCCGAGGAAGAAGCUCAUCAGAAAGGACCUGAACUUGUACCAUCGGGUGGUGUACUGAGUAAAAGAGAUGAGCUCAGAGUUGGAUUCGACAAACCCAUUGACGCAAUUUCAGCUGUGCCACCAGCUAGAGAUUUAGUGGCAACUAAAAGAGCGGACGAAAUUCCCAAGGCGUUUCUUGGUAGAAACAAGCAGAAAGACAAGUUGAAACUACCGACUUCGCAUAGUGCGGACGAUAAAAUACAAAAUACAGUUCAACCGUGUGAUGCUCUUCAAAAAAUUCGAAAACCCAGCCAAAAAAAAUCAUUUCUCUCGGAGGUUAAAAGAAGAGCGACAAACCCUUCUCCUACCUCCACUACCUGGUAUGACCAGAAUAGCAAGUCCCUUUUGCAAGAAUCACGGAUUUGCUCCAAAGCGACUGAAACUAUUAAUGUUAGAAACGCAGCCAGCUCGGUCUUCCCAUUGAUGUCCAAAAUUUGCAAACAAAUUAAGUCUCACUUGCAUACGGUUCUUCCCAAGCGUAACAUUCUGGAGUCACUUGAUUCCCAACAUGAAAAGGAAAACACAGUCAAGGAAGCUCCACAUUUUCAAGUGAAGAUCAACGUGCUCGGGAGUUCAAAGACGGACCCUCUGCUAGGAUCCGGGAUAAAUAUCCAAACUGGUCAGAACUGCAAAGAAGAAAGUCGUAAGCAGGCUGACCUCGCAGUAGAGCAGAGAUCUAAGUCAAGUCCGAUCGAGGACGAAUCGUCACUAAAGGUUAUGGGCAACACGGGCUUCUUUAUUCUCUCAGGCACCAGUUCUUGGCAGGCUCUUCAGCUUGCUGAACUUUCGACAAAAAACGUUAUUGUCCAAUCGUGUUUGCAGCUACAUUCAGAGAUUAUGGAACAGGUGGAACAACAGCUCGUUGAGCUUGACAGGAACCGUGAACAAAUUCUUGAGAAGAUGCGUAAUAAGCAUAAUAUGCUGGCACAACAACGAGCAUCGCGACCAAAGAAGCAUCUAAAAAUCCAGAAACAACUCUAAACAUUUCUUAGAAUAAAUACAGCGAAACCAAAUAAAACGUCAAAGAAUGGAAGCAAGCAGAUUGGUCACUAA